AUGCUGGGCGUAUCUCCGAAAGUGACCGAACGGAUCGACCUUGUUAAGCCAUUGACUAAAUAUUGUGAGGAGUAUUAUGGAUCGGACGAGGCCAAAGAGGUCACGCAGUUCAUCGCGCUGGUUAACUCCUUGAGGGCUGAAGUCGCCACGCCUAUGUCCGCUGAUGGAGCUGGAUUCAGCGGCCAUGUGGAUAAUCUCACACGGUGA